UCUCACAAAUUUCAAGUGUAAAAGUAUUGGCUAUCACUUAUACAAGCAAUCAAGUUAACCGAAAGAGUAGUUGGCGUGAUUGUUACCAUUAAUACAUAGGGAAAGCUUUGCUCGUUUGAAAGCCUUCUGGUCUCCAUUGUUCAAAUUAAACAUUGUAUUUCAGUAAUAUGACUCCCAAAUCUGUUGUCAGUUGUCAUACUAUUUGAUUAACUGUUUACUUGAUGGUUUGAGUUAUAAUAUUUUUAUUUUCAUUCCGCUCAUUUCCAAAGUAUAGUUUUAAUUUGGUCAAUCACAAAAUUAGUUACUUUCCAAUGGUAUUUUAUUGAUGAGUCAAGUCUGAUUUCAACUGGAAAUGUUUAUGGUUAACCGGAUUCACUAGGAUAUUUCAUUCGCCAUCCUUGUAGACGCAACACUCAAAUUUGUCCACUUGUUUCAAGCUUUACUUGGUCUGUUUUUUUCUAUGGUGAUACAUCGAUAUUGUGGUGAUUUUCUGAAUCAUAUAUCAUAUAAUUGGAAUCCUAUCAAACCAAUGCUUCAUCUAAAAUCAUCGUCAGAUUGUCAAUGCAUCUAACUGUACCAUCACCAUCAACUCGAAUAGUAGUGUAACUUGUACCUUGGCAGAUAAUGUGAAAUCUUUUAUGAACAUUUUCAUACAUUCAUCUAACAACCAUUUGAAACCAAUUUGAUUUUUGCAGCGUUUAAAUGUGCAACCAAAUCGGUUCAGACGGUGAAUCAAAUAUAAUACUUUUGCAACCAUUUUGAGGAAUAAAAAUAACUCAACUAGUGGUCAUGUAAUCCAUUUGGUUUCCAUCAAGCCUUUAAGGUCGUAUUGAUUAUACCAGAAAAGUCACCAUACCAAAACAACUCUACCAACAUCAACAAUGUCCAAUUCAACAGGAAACCCUCAUGGCUCUAAUGCAGGCGGAGGAGGAGGAGGAGGUGGUGGUGGUGGCGGCAGUGGUGGAAGUGGUGGAAGUAAUUUUGGUUUAAUUGGUUUUGGCACCUUCUCCAUUGGAGCAAGUCACGGAGGCUCAAUGGUAUCUGUUGGAAGUAACUCUGGUUCUCAUGGUGGUACAUCGUCAAAUGAAAUGGCCUCUCACUCAUUUGAAUCACGAAUCGACAAGAUGAGACGGUUCAUUUCAUCACCAUUAACUCGCCGUAAAUCAACUUCUCAAGCAUCAACUGAAACAGCUCCUCCAUUAUCAUCAACAUCAUCCGCCAAAAACCUUGAUAGUCAUCAUUCAAAUAAAAUUUUCGGUACACCCAUUGAAAAGCUUACCCAUCAACGAUCAUUCAAUGAAAUGUCAUCAUCAUCAAUAUGCUCAUCCUCAACUCACCUAUCUGCUGCAUCAUAUUGUACAAUGAGAUCAAUGUCCACUUCAGGAUUACCUGGAAACCCAUUCUCCUCUCCUUCCUCUUCCUCUCCACUUUCAUCAUCCACCAUCAACAUGGGUGAUUCAUUGGUCUUUGGACAGGCCAGUUUACUUUCUUCUCGAAAAGUCGAUAGCGAACAAACCGUUCCCUUUGUUAUCACUCGAUUGUGCCAUUAUAUUGAGGAUAGCCAGGGUUUAAUGCAAGAAGGAUUAUUCCGUACAAGUGGAAAUGCCAGAUUGAUUGAAAAAUUGAAAACUUCAUUUGAUUCCAAUGGUGAUGCUCCCCUUGAAACUGAAGGUGAUAUUCCUUCAGCAGCAGCUUUACUCAAACUCUUCCUACGAGAGCUUCCGGUUCCCCUGAUACCUCAAUCAAUACACUGUUUAUUUCUAGAUACGGUUCAGGAUACUCUUAAUCAGGGAAGUUUAUACAAUAAAGAUGCUUUCAUUGGACGUCUCAAGAUGUUGGUUGAAAAUUUACCUGAUGAAAAUUAUUUUCUCCUCAAAUAUUUAUCUCGCUUUCUUCAUCAAGUUGCUCGCCAUGAAACUUACAACCGAAUGAAUCCAUCGUCUCUUGGAAUCAUUUUUGGACCCAACAUUUUCAGAGUUGCUGCUGAAGACUAUAAAGGAUUACGUGAACAGUCUUUAACUAAUCAAGUUGUUACGUUUUUUAUUACUGAUUACGAGGCAAUAUUUGGAAAAGAUUCACCAGACAACGAAGAAUCAACCAAUUUAUUAACUAACCAAGAUCAAGAUUCACUGGAAGAAACCCGAAAACUGGAGGGAAACACUAAGGAUAAAGUUAUUAUUGUUUCAAUUGAAUCAAAUGAUUUACACCAGAUGACAGGGAAACAUCAAGGUGAAUCAUCAUUUUGUUCAUUAUCAUCAUCAUCAUCAUCACCCUCAAAUAAAACCAUAAUGGCAAAAGAAGAUGAUGUCAACAAUUUGGACAAUGUUUCAGCUAAAGCAGCUGAAAUUAGCUUAUCUGGUGAUGACCAUUAUACGGCCCUUCAAAUUGAUAUACCUCCAAUUGAUUGUGAACCUUCUGAUAGUUCAUCAAUAAGUCCAAACACUUUUGCUUGUUCAAGUAUUUCACCUUGUCCAGUUGGGUCAAAGGAAUAUCUUUUGUCUAUAGAUUCAUCAGCAACAGAUUCAACUGCAACUCUACCAACAAUUACACCGAAAAAGACGCAACCUCAACCUUCGGAAGGUUUUAAACGGAAAGACCGUAAAUCUGUCCUAUCCUCGUCUAGUCCAGUUAUGAGAUCAAGCUCAGAGGAGAGGAAACCAUUUGCUUUUCCUGAUCAAAUGGAAAGUAAUCAGGCCAAUCAAGAUGUUCGCCGAUGCAACUCGUAUCAAGAUGUUAGUAAAGAUGAUCAUAAAGAACUGACAUUUUUAUCUGAUCAACAACACCAAACAUUCAAGUCUAACAAUUUAUCCUCCGAUAGUGUUACUCAAUCGCCUAGACCUAAAAGACGAGAAACUGAAUCAGUUAAAGCAAGAUUGUCUCGGUCAAUUUUAUCCUUUGAAUGUAGACCUACUUCCCUUGAUUUAAGUGGCAGAUCAAACUCUAUGGAAUCAAAAUCAGAGCCAAUGAUGCGGAAUAAAUCAUCCCAUAUUUAUACAGAAGAUUCAUCAUCUAAACCUUUAACAUUGAACGAACAACCAGUUGACGAGAAUAAAUCAAAAUAUAUUCCAUUAUCAUUUUCUAAAUCUUAUUCCAAAGGUUCUCAACAGACCAACACUGAAACCAGUCAUCACAAUGUUGAGAAUCGCCAGAUUUCAUCUUGUCAAUCAUCCCAACAAUCUGAACCAGAUUUAUCCAGAGCAUCAUCAUCAUCAAAAAUACCAUUAACAUCUUCAUGUUCCUCUUCAUUACCUCACAUUGAUUUGAAUGCGCUGCAUAAAAAUGCGGAAGGUGAAUCAGCAAUGGUUUCUGAUUUAAGGUACAGUUGGUCACCAGUUAAUGAAUCAUUGUCUACUGAAAGUCUGAUAGAUGCAGAUAAUGGUGCUUCUGAUGAUGAUACUUCAGAAACUCAAUCAGAUCCUAGAUUGUUGGAUGCCAAAUCUAAUGAGCCUGUUCAAAAUGCUGCCAUUCAAAUAUUGCGUCGCCGUAAUACUUAUGAGGCACCUUUAUCUCCUAGUGCUUACAGAGGUUUCUUGGGUCAGCGAGCUCCACACCUAGAUCAUACUAUUCCACCUUCACCUCCGGGUGAACAGGAACACCAUUUUCAGAGCUAUAAAGCUUCAUACAACCAAGAAAGUCAGGCUGUUAAGGAGGCAAAGCGAAAGAUUCAUAAUUUAAAGCGUCGAUUAAAACAGUUUGAAAAAGAUUUCGAAAAAGAAACUGGAUAUCGACCUUCUCAUGAACAAAAAAUGAAAUCUGAUGUUGCCCAGCCUAUAUUAUUUGAAUUGAACAAAUUUCGUAAAAUAUUGCGUGAAUGCAAAGAAGAUGCUAGAUUAACACUUGAAUUUUAUGAAGGAGUUUUCAAUGAGAUGCAAAGAAGCUUAAAAGAAAGACGAUGUGUUGUCGGCAGGCCUGAAACAAUUGAGGAAAUGAGCAUUGAUCAAAUAGUUGAAGAGAAACUUGAUUUACAAAAGUCACUUCUCAAAUAUGAAAGUGUUUUUGGUCGACCCAGUAGAAAAGAAGAUCGAACUGUGAUGAAACCACUUUAUGAUCGCUAUCGGACAAUUCGUAAUUUGGUCGCUAAAAUACCUAAAAACAAAGAACCCACUGAUUUACAGCCAAUUUUGGAGCAUGUUGCAAUGAACUUUUCAUCGCCAUCUCAUUCACCAGGAAGUUCAUUGGAUGCUAAAGAUGAAAGUGAUGAUGAUAUUAACAAUAACAAGGAGAAAAAAUUGGAUGGAUCAAGAAAAGGAGAAGUCAAAGGAAAGAAAAAAGACGACGAUAGUGAAGAUGACGGUGAUGAAGAAGAAGAAGAAGAGGGAUAUGACCAAGAAAAUAGUAAUAAUAAUGCUAAUCUUAAUAGUAAUAAUGUGAAUAGUGAUGACAAUAAUAACCAGGUUGUUGUUGAUAAUAAUAAUCCAAGCAAAUUUGAGCUCACUGAUAGUAUUACAAGGACUCAGCCCAGGCCUGAAGCAACUCACCAAAUUAAAGUGAAGGAAUCGAGUCUGUCAAGGUACACCAAAGUAUCUACUUUAGCCGGUGAAAAACUUGCAGUUCCCAUCUCUUCACAUAAACUUUGUCAUAAUCUUCAUGAGCUUCCUCCAAAUGAACUGGUUAAAGAAUUGGCUGUUGUACGGCGAGAAAAGAAUGAACUUCGUAAAAUAAUUCGUUCCUUUGAAGAGGAAUUUAAUCGGACUCAUGGGAGAAAAGUUAGUGAUUUAGAAAAAUCUCAGCUGGAUUCUGUAUACACCAAUUAUAAGGCUUGCAAAAAGAAACUCAGAUUGCUCGAGGUUUUCAUCGAAAAGUAUGAAAAAAGAAAAAUGGAUUCAUAAUCGUCACGUUGAUUUAUUAUUCAUAAACACAAAGGAAAAAAAUUAUUCAUUGUUGAUCUGGUUUUACUUGGCUUUAAUUUUAGCUUGUUCAACUAAAUACUGUUUUAAAUAUACAUAUAUAUAUAAAUAUAUAUAAAGAUGUUACCCGUGAAAAGAACAGCAAAUUUACAAAUCUUUUAUCAUUCACUGAAUAUACUAUAUUAUGUAUAUAAAGCUUUGUAAAGGGAUGGAAUCCAAGUGAUGCUGAUUAUGGUACAAAUCAUAUUUGAAAAAAUUUGUUUCGCUCUUUAAUAUUUGUCUUAAAUUAAAUGAUCUCUCCAAUAAUAAAUUAACACUGGAUGGUGAAGCUAAACGUUUAAACCAAAUGAUGGAUAAUAA